AUGCAUCCAGCAGUUUCUGCGUCAGAGGCGGCGCUUCAGAAAGACAAUGAAGUGGCCUGCACGCUUCUUAUUGAGCUUCUGGCUCAUCAGUUUUGUUAUCCCGUCCAAUGGAUCAAGACGCAAGAUCUUAUUCUGGGAGACCAGGAGACGAACCGAGUGGUGGAAUUGGGCCCAGGUAAUACAUUGGUCAAGAUGGCCGAACGGACUAUAGCGCAAAAGUAUGCGCAACAAGACACUGCGGCAAACAUCUCACGACAAUUGUUAAGUUUUCAGCAAAAUUACGAUCAAAUAUCCUACGAACAAAGGACUGUAAAUCCAUCAUCACACGAAAAGACUGAAGACGCAUCUGGGGGAUCUGAGCCGAAGCCCAGCCCUUUGGUAUUGAGUGCUUCGCCCCAACAAAGUGCGCCAGCCACCGUCGUUCAACAGUCUACUGUCAUGGCAGUCGAGUUGGAAGAUGAGCCAGCAAGGGUAAUCGAUAUUACUACAACCAUUGUCUGCUUGGGCCUAAAAAAGCCACUGGAUGGUAUUGAUACGACCAAGUCCAUAAGGGCGCUUUCCGGGGGUCGCUCGACUCUGCAAAAUGAGAUUGUUGGAGAUCUUGGGGCCGAGUUUGGUGCUAUACCAGAUGGUGCGGAGGACAUGUCCAUCGACGAUUUCUGCUCUUUAGUGCAGGGCACCUUUGCUGGAAAGCUGGGGGCCAAGUGUUGCUCAGCAAUCGAGAAGAUGACAUCACACAAGUUUAGCGGAUCAUUCCAGGGUUCCGGAAUACGCAAGUAUCUCAAGAAGCAAUGGGGACUCGGUCCCGGCCGUCAGGAUAGUGUACUACUCGCGGCUUUGGUGUCACAACCGCAAGCCAGGCUACAGAAUCAUGACGAGGCCAAGGUCUUUAUCGACGGCAUAGUCCAGCAAUAUAUUCAAAAACACGGUCUGGUCCUACCGGCUGAGUCGAGCUUUGCAGGUCCCUCUGCGGCCCAAACCAUGGUCGGCGUUGAGGUCCUGGACUGCUUGGAAGAACGGCAAAAAGCAGUUCUUCGGGAGCAACUCCAGCUCUAUGCCAGGCUCCUGGGCGUUGACCUUGAUGCCCCGGAAGCUGCAAAUGCCGCACUUCGCCAACGCAUAUCGGAACUGGAAGGGCAGUUGGACGAGUGGAAUACUGAACAUGGAGAAGCUUAUGCAUCUGGUUUGAAACCCGUCUUUACACCACUGAAAGCACGUGUCUAUGAUUCUUGGUGGAACUGGGCCAUGCAAGAUCUCAUGAUACUGAUUUCCACGGCCACAUCUGGGAGUCUGAGUGAUAUAGAACCAACCAUGGAUCGCCUGAAAAGAAACCUGGUGCAAAAAGCUCACCCGAGGCUCGUAUGCGCGAUACGUCACUUUUCAAGUACAACGACAAAAGCCCAUGUGGCUGAAAUCCUGCGCGACGUCUUAUCCCGAUGCCAGACGUCCGUGAACGAGAUGCCGAUGGUUUACUGGCACGACCAGUCGAUGGCCCCAGUAACCACAGUCGAUCAAUCCGGCAAGAUAGUCUACAGCGAGAGGCCUAGGGGAAUACGCAUUGACGAUGAUGUGCUUCCAAGGAUUGGCCGCAAAGUUUGCAAUACUUGGGAGUACCUCGACAGUCUUUCAUGCACGUUGCAUCGAGUGCUGGCAGGCGCAAGAACAACAGGUCUCUCCUUCGCGGGACGAAAUGUACUUGUUACAGGUGCAGGCGAAGGGUCCAUUGGCUGCAGCCUGGUUUCUAAAUUGCUGUCCGCUGGUGCCCACGUCAUUGUUACCAGCAGCUCCUACUCGCCCAGGGUGACUCGAUUCUACCAACGCUUGUUUGCUGAGCACGGCGGCAAGGGCUCCAAACUGAUACUCGUCCCUUUCAACCAGGCCAGUGUCCGUGAUGUCGAAGCUUUGGUCACAUACAUCUAUGACGACGGCGGCCUUAACUUGGAUCUCGACUAUGUCAUCCCGUUCGCGGCCAUCUCGGAGAAUGGUCGAAAUAUGGACAACAUCGACUCGCGCAGCGAGCUUGCUCAUCGAGUAAUGCUCACAAACACAAUCAGACUAGUGGGAAGAGUCAAACACCAUAAAGAGUCCAAGAGAAUUAUUACGCGCCCAGCGCAAGUGAUUCUUCCUCUGUCACCCAACCACGGAACAUUUGGUGGCGAUGGUCUCUAUGCAGAGUCCAAGCUCGGCCUGGAGUCGUUGUUUGAUAAAUUCUACUCGGAAGACUGGUCAGACUAUUUACUCAUAUGUGGUGCGCUUAUCGGCUGGACGCGAGGAACAUCGUUGAUGUCUGACAAUGACAUUGUUUCCGAGGGCAUUGAGAAACAUGGCAUGCGUACAUACUCGCAGGAUGAGAUGGCGCUCCAGAUCAUGGCAUUGAUGGAUCCAGCCAUUGUGUCGUUGUGUACUGAUGAGCCGCUGCUCGCUGAUUUAAGCGGCGGCAUGGCCCAAAUAGCCGACCUGAAGGGUGUUGUCACCGGGAUUCGAGACGCCAUCAAUCAGCUAAGCGAAGAGAGGCGCAUGAUGAGACUUGAAGCGCUUUCUGAUGCUCACGCAGUGGGUAUGGAAGAGGGAAUCGAAACACAAGCCAACAUUGACUUUAAUUUCCCUGCGCUCCCCGACUGGAAAACUGAAAUCAUGCCCAUGGCGGACCAGCUGAAGGGCAUGGUUGAUCUUGACCACGUUGUCGUCGUCGCAGGCUUUGCUGAAAUAGGGCCGUGGGGCAACUCGAGAACCAGAUGGGACAUGGAAGUCAACGGCUCUCUGUCGCUAGAGUCGUGCGUCGAGUUGGCAUGGAUCAUGGGCCUCAUCAAGGCGCAUUCGGGUAUUGUGGACGGAAGGCCAUUCUCGGGAUGGAUCGACAAGAGCACCAAUAAGCCAAUUGCCGACCGGGAAAUUAAAGAGAAAUAUCACGACUUUAUUCGUAAAAACUGUGGUCUGCGUUAUGCGGAGAGUAAACCAGAUUCACCCUCAUGGACGGGCAUGGAGUCGCUGCACGAAGUCGAGAUUUCCAAAGACCAUGAGCCAGUCGAGGUUAGCAAAGAAACCGCAACCCAGCUGAAAAACAUUCAUGGCGAAAACUUGAUCGUCAUAUCCAAUGAAGAAACAGGUCAGUCAAAGAUUGUGCUGAAAAAGGGGGCGAAAAUCAUGAUACCCAAGCUGCUGCGGACGCAACAUACCGUCGCUGGCCAAGUCCCUGCGGGCUGGAAUCCCAGCACCUAUGGGAUCCCCGAAGAAAUCAUCGGCCAAGUCGAUCCAGUAACUCUUUUUGCGCUGGUCGCCUCGGCCGAAGCCCUCCAGUCUGCGGGCAUCUCCGAUGCUUACGAGCUCUACGAGCACUUGCAUGUAAGUGAGGUGGCGAAUUGCACGGGAUCUGGCUUCGGAGGGAGUGCCAGCAUACGAAAAAUGUUCAAGGGGCGCUACCAAGAUCAGCCGGCAGCAAAGGAUAUACUUGCCGAGUCUUUUAUCAGCUCCACCAGCGCAUGGAUAAACAUGCUUCUCAUGUCGUCUGCCGGGCCUAACAAGACGCCAGUGGGAGCAUGUGCCACUGCGCUGGAGUCUCUAGACACUGCCUUUGAUCUGAUACAGGCCGGAAAAGCCAAGAUGUGUUUGGUAGGCGGCUUUGACGAUAUGCUGAAGGAAAUUUCCGACGAGUUUGCCAAUCUCAAGGCUACCGUCGACGCGGAUGAUGAUGCCGCAAGAGGCCGGGAGCCGUCCGAGAUGAGCCGGCCAGCCACGUCGACUCGCAACGGCUUUGUGGAGUCAGAAGGCGCAGGAGUUCAAAUCGUUACCUCGGCCAAUGUCGCUCUCGAGAUGGGCCUGCCGAUUCAUGCCGUGAUUGCAUUGACGCGGACAGCAAUGGACGGAGCGAGUAGGUCGAUUCCCGCACCGGGCCAGGGACUCUUGGGCUCAGCCGCUCAAACGCAAAGUAAAUACGACUCCCCGUUGAUGAGCAUGGCAUACCGUAAGCGUUCGCUGCAAAAAAGGUUACAGCAAGCCGCCGAGAUGCGCGAGCUGCAGAUUUCUGACCUAGGGGAGGAGAUUGCCCAUCUGAAGCGGCAAGGCUGCGCUUUCGACGAGGCCAACUAUGUCCAACAUCGCAUGGCCAGCAUUGAGCAAGACGCAAAGCGCGACCGAGCAGAAGCACUGAAACUCUAUGGUAAUCACUUUUGGAUCCAUGAUGGCCGCAUCUCACCGAUUCGAGGCGCUCUUGCUGUUUGGGGCCUGACAGUAGACGACAUUGAUGUUGUUUCUUUCCACGGCACCUCGACAAAGGCAAACGAGAAGAAUGAAUCGUCCGUCAUCAACGAGCAAUUCAAGUACCUCGGUCGCACGGAGGGCAAUGUAGUCCCCGUCGUCUGCCAAAAGUUCCUCACUGGGCAUCCAAAGGGAGCCGCUGGAGCUUGGAUGCUCAACGGCUGCAUGCAGCUCAUGGCUGAUGGAAGAAUUCCAGGCAACCGCAACGCCGACAACAUCGAUGCGGCACUACAGCAGUACGACUACCUCGUGUUUCCCAACAAGACAAUUGAAAAGCCAGAGGUCAAGGCCUUUGUCGUCCAAUCGUUUGGCUUUGGCCAGAAGGGCGCCAUGGCCAUCGGUGUCAACCCCAAGUAUCUUUAUGCGACACUGGAUGAAGAUGACUUUAUGGCGUAUAAGCAAAAACGCCACGUACGCGAGCGGCGAUCAAACAGAGUGUCCAGUGAGAGAUUCUGCAACAAUUCGAUAUUUCAAGCAAAGGAUGAGACGCCCUACGCUGCUGCGGACCGUUCGAGGGUGCUAUUGAGAUCAGAAGCAUAA